AUGAUUUCGCGGGCAAGGGAGCACCCUCUGAACCACGAAGCUCGCCGUGUCAAGUGUAUGGCGAAGGAAGGAGCGGGAGGCGGUAGCAGUGCCAGCAGCGACUUCUUCAGGGCUAGGUACAAGCGCCAGAACGUGGGCAAGGGGGGGGGAGCGCUAGCGCCGGGAUGGGCCGUUGCCCUCGAAGGGCCUCAAGGAGGCAGCGGGGGCGGAGCGGGGGCGAGGGAGGUGCUGACGCCCGCGGAGAACAGCCUGCUGAAGACGCUCGGGGAUGCCGUGGCGGGGGGCGGGGGAGCGGGCGCCAGGGGGGGGGUAGCCGGCGCGGCGGGGUUAGACCGCCUGAUGCGGGUCAUGAUUAACGCGCCCGAUCGAGAAGCCCGAGCGCUGUGCCUGGAGCUCCUGCUGCGCAGCAAGGGCGACGAGGAGGUGAUGAAGGCGUUCGUGGAGAGGAGGGGGCUCAUGUUCAUCAAGGGGUGGCUGGCGGAGGAGACGAAGUCCAUCAACAUGAUGAAGCUCCUGCUCACGGUAGCGAAGGUUCUGCCUGUCACCUACUCAAGCCUAAUGCAGUCCGACGCGGGGAAGGCAUUGAAAGCUCUCAACAAGCACGCCGACUCCGGCAUACGAAAGCAGGCGAAGGCAGUCAUCUCUCACUGGAGGACGGCGUUGGUGAGCGACAAGGGCGAGAUCGCCAAGCACCGGAAGCAGCUGGAUGAUCUGCACGAUAAGCUGAAAGCGAAGCAGGAUGCCGAGAAGAAGGCCAAGGCGGAGGCGGCGGACGCCGACAAGCGGCGGCGAGACCUGGCCCGGGUCACCGCUGUACCGACGGCGGCGACAGCGGGAGGCCAAGACGGAACCGCAGACGGAGGAGCCGCCGCCACCGAUGGCGAAGGAGCAAGCGCGGCGGCAGCAGGGGGGGUGGGGGGUGAGUCGGCGGGGGCAGAGGGAUCGGCGGCGGCAGCGGCGGCGGCACCGGCCGCAACGGGGGCAGCUGGCAUCGGCUCGGGACCGCCGCCGAUCGUGUCGUUGGACGAGAUGGCGCGGGCGGAGUCGGAAGAAAAGAAGCGGCUUCGGAAGGCCAAGCCCGCCGGGAAGAAGGUCGGGUGGGCGGACCGCGCGGGACGAACUCUCCAGGAAAGCGUUGAAGGGCGACGUUUGAUGUUGAUGAAUCACCCGGGGACCAGAAGAGCGCUUCAGGUGGUGAAGGAAUUCCACUCGGAGGACGCGGCCACCGCUGUCUCGGAGACGCCGCAGGAGUCCGACUCGGUUGCGGCGACCACGAUGGCAAGCCACCACGCCGGACACAGGCACUGGGCGGAGCGCGUGAAGCGCGAGCGGGAGAUGGAGCGCAAGUUCCACGGGAAGAGCGGCGGCCGCAGCAAGAGCAAGUCGGACCACGGCCGGGCUAACGCUGGGGACGAGGAGGAAGAGGAAGCGGCGGGGGUAGCGGAUGCGGAAGCAGCGACGGCGGCGGCGGCGGCAGUAGCGGUGGCCAGGAAGAAGAGGAAGCCGAUGGUCACCACCGUGCCGUGGAGAAGGCCGGGUCCGUACGAGAAAGGCGUGGUGCACGAGGACGUGCUGCAGCUGGAGGUGGAGUCGAGCGAGGCCGAGAGCCAGGGGGCGAGGACCAGGGCCGGGCUGGAGCAAGUGUACCUGUCGAGCGGGGACAUCCCGUCCACGCCGGCGGAGCCGGACGCCGCUUCGUUCCUUCCAGUCGACGAAGUUCAAAUGUACAAGAUCCCGUUCUACAUGGAGUCCGAGCUGGAGCAGAUGCAGGCGGAAGCGCCGAAGGAGCAGCAACAGCAGCAACCACCAGCCAACCAGCCUGGGCCGGUCAAGGUGACUCUGCAGCAAGUGAGGGCGCUCGACGACGCGCUGGCGAGCGUCGACCCCCACGCCGCGACGGCCCUGCGGAGCCGUUUUGCCUCGGAGCCCCGGCUGCUCUCGGCGCUGCUUGCCCCCGAGGGGCGGGUCAACAACGCGCUGCUCCGGUCGAUGUCGCAGC